AUGGGAGGACAAGGAGGAGGAGCCGCAACGGUGGCGGAACAAAAGCCGCCAUCCACCGCCGAGCCCGAGCAGCAGGCUGAUGAGGUGAGCACUCUGGAGGAGGCGGUCGUCGCCGAGCCCGAGAACAAGGAGGAGGAGGAAGAAGAGGCCGAGGUGAAGACCGUCGUCGAGGAGGAGAAGCCAUCAGCCCCUGCAGAGGAAAAGCUCGCCACCGGUGAGGUGACGGCUAAGCCCACGACGGAGGUGAAGAAGGACGCUGAGGAGGAGGAGGAGGACGAGAAGAAGCCAACACAAAGCUGA